UCUCUCUCUCUCUCUCUCUCUCUCUCUCUCUCUCGGUUUUGUUUUUUCUUGGUCGACCUUUUUCUCUUACUUUUGUUUCCAAGAGAAGAUCUUUUUUUUUCUUUCUUACUUAGCACAGUAAUUGCCUCUUGGUGUCUGACCACUAGCUAACUGAAGGUCCUCUGGAUGAGCACUGUUCAGUUGGAUUUUUGGCUUUAAACUUUUUGCUCCCUCUCAACAACUCGGGGGACUUCGCUGAAUGAAAUAAGCCGAAUUCGAAAGCCUCCUGAUACUUCCAAGGCAACUGUGUAACUAUGGAGUGCAGGCAUGGGGCAGAAAUUGGGCAAAAAGCAAACAGUGUGUUGUCAUCAGAGAGGGGCCGCUGAGGAGUGGACAGGAAAAAAAAGGAGGAGUGCAGCUUGUGGAUGAAAGUAACUGUCUGUCUCUGGAGAGGUUUUUUUUUUGUGUUGUGGAGCUUUUGGAUAACAGGAAAAGAUUAAGAGAAGACGCAUAAACAAGAAGAAACUUUCCCUGAUUUUGUUUUUCUCUUGGAUUUUUAAACUGCAGACAAAUUGUCAGCAAACUACAAAGUAUUCCUUUUUCUGGAUUGCUUCUAUUACCUCUUGCUUCUCUGCAGCUUUUGCCAAGGAGAAGCAAACUUUGUAAUGAGAGACUUUUUGUUUUGUUUUUUCUUCGUCGGAGACGGCGUGCUUGUGUAAAUUAGUGUUUGGAUUAUGAGAGGGUUUUCUUGCAGCUGUGUCAGGAGCUUAGUGUGUUUGUUUAACUCCUGCGGACGAGAACUUCACUGCAUGUGAUGCGUGGUUGUGAAGCUGCAGGUUGCCUGUCUGUCCUCGACGCGGACAGGCACAGGGAGGGAGAGACAUGCGUUUCCAUGGCGACAAGUGGCUGUAGCCCCUUCCCCAUGUGUUGGGAGAGAGAAUAUGACAGACACCUAGCAGCGGCAGUGUCUGCAGGGAAAACCAUGGCGACAGCCUACCUGGACCCCAACCUGAAUCACACCCUCCUCGAAGGGGCCAAGUCCCGACUGAGUGCGGGGGGAUCGGACCGAACCAUGGCCGGCUCCGUGGACAGGGUUCUGAAAGUCUGCCAUCACUUUGAGAGCAACACAGAAAAUAGCUGCUGGUCUUCCAAUAUAAGAUACGGUGAUGCAACCGAUGUCAGGGGGAUCAUCCAGAAGAUUUUAGAUAUCAACAAAGUGCGCUGGACUUCAUGUUUUGGCCUGCGGCUCAGUAACGGUCAAUCCAAAGACCAAGUGCACUGGCUCCACCCAGAUUUGGGCGUGUCCCACGUCAGAGAGAACUAUGAACAAGCACGGCCAAAUGAAGAGUGGAGGUAUGAGUUAAGAAUCCGAUAUCUACCAAAGGGCUUUGUGCAGCAGUUUACAGAAGACAAACCUACUCUCAACUACUUCUACCACCAGGUGAAGAACGACUACAUGACAGAAAACGGAGAUCAAGUGGAACAAGAUGUAGCUCUGAAACUGGGCUGUCUCGAAAUUAGGAGGUUUUUUAAAGAGAUGAGAGGAAAUGCCCUGGACAAGAAAUCUAACUAUGAACUACUGGAGAAAGAUGUUGGUUUGAGGCGUUUUUUCCCAAAAGACCUGCUGGAUUCAGUUAAGGCUAAAACGCUUCGAAAAUUGAUUCAGCAGACAUUUAAGCAAGUAGCCAACCUUAAUGAUGAGCAGUGCAUCCUGAAGUUCUUGGAGAUACUUGCACCAAUUUACCGUUAUGACAAGGAGUUCUUCAAAUGUGCCCUUGGGUCCAGCUGGGUGAUCCAGGUAGAAUUAGCCAUCGGGCCAGAGGAAGGAAUCAGCUACCUCACUGACAAGGGGUCCACGCCCACCCAUCUAGCAAAUUUUAAUCAAGUCCAGUCCAUCCAGUACUCAGCUAUGGAGGAAAAGGACAGGAAAGGCAUGCUACAACUGAACGUAGCCGGAGCUGCUGAGCCUCUCACAGUUACGACAGCGUCUCUCACCAUGGCGGAGAACUUGGCUGACUUGAUUGAUGGUUACUGUCGACUCGUAUCCAUGGAAACUCACUCCUUCAUUAUCAGAGUUCAGAAAGAGGGAGAGAGAGCGCUGCCUUCCAUCCCAAAACUUUCUAACAGUGAAAAAAAGUUAGAAGCAGUCCGGAGUGGAGUAAGAGCGAUCUCUGUCUCAGAUCUAGUGACAUCGAUGCCUCCUAAGCCAACCAAGGCGCGGCGUUUCCUCCUCCCCUUUGUCUUCUGUUCAGAUUCGCCGCCCAACGAAGAUCUUAGUGGGGAUGAAACUGAUGACUAUGCAGAGAUAGUUGAUGAAGAGGACACCUACACCAUGCCCUCAAUGAGCUAUGGAGUAGUUGAAGCGCGGGACUAUGAGAUCCAGAGGGACAGGAUAGAGCUGGGCCGCUGUAUUGGAGAGGGUCAGUUUGGCGAUGUACACCAAGGAGUCUACAACUGUCCAGACAAAGCAUCUCUAGCUGUCGCCAUUAAGACCUGUAAGAACUGUACCUCUGACAGCGUCAGAGAAAAGUUCCUGCAAGAAGCACUGACAAUGCGUCAGUUUGACCAUCCUCACAUUGUUAAGCUGAUCGGCGUGAUCACAGAGAAUCCGGUGUGGAUCAUCAUGGAGCUCUGUACUCUUGGAGAGUUGCGCUCGUUCCUUCAGGUGAGGAAGUACAGUCUUGACCUGGCCACGCUCAUCCUGUAUGCCUACCAGCUCAGUACAGCUCUGGCCUACCUGGAGAGCAAACGCUUUGUACACAGGGAUAUAGCAGCUCGGAACGUGUUGGUCUCUGCGGUGGACUGUGUGAUGCUUGGAGACUUUGGUCUAUCACGAUACAUGGAGGACAGCUCUUACUACAAAGCUUCUAAAGGUAAACUUCCCAUUAAGUGGAUGGCUCCUGAAUCUAUCAAUUUUAGGAGAUUCACGUCUGCAAGUGAUGUCUGGAUGUUUGGUGUAUGCAUGUGGGAGAUCUUGAUGUACGGCAUCAAGCCCUUCCAGGGGGUGAAAAACAAUGAUGUGAUUGGCAGGAUAGAAAACGGGGAGCGCCUGGCGAUGCCUCCCCAGUGUCCGCCCACCCUCUACAGUUUGAUGACCAAAUGUUGGUCAUAUGACCCCAGCAAGCGUCCGCGAUUCACUGAACUCAAAACACAACUCAGCACGAUACUGGAGGAAGAGAAGCUCCAGCAAGAGGAGAGACUCCGAAUGGAAAUGAGGAGACAAGUCACCGUUUCGUGGGACCCAGAUGAAGCACCACCUAAACCUAGCAGACCAGGUUACCCCAGUGAAGGCUUCGUCAGCAACUCCCCGCACAACCACUUCCCGCAAUCAGCCCAUGGUGGUGUAGGUGGAGGAGUUGGAGGCAGCUAUCCUCCUACUGAUUCCUGGAAUCCGCACAGACCUGAACAUACUGCACCGUGGAGCCCGAAUAUGGAGGACAUUGGGUGUGUAGGUCAGGCUCUAAUGGAGGAAAGGCUGAUGAUGCAGCAGCAACAGAUGGAGGAUGACCAGCGGUGGUUGGAGCAGGAGGAGAGCUUCAUGAAGGCGGAGUCUAGAAACAGCAGAGGGAGCGUCGACAGGGAGGACGGCACACUACAAGCACCGGGUGGAAGCCAACAUAUCUACCAGCCUGUUGGGAAACCAGAACCUGUGGCACCUCCCAAAAAGCCGCCCCGCCCAGGAGCUCCAGCUAACUUAACCAACCUGGCCAGUCUCUGCCCCAUAGAAAGCUACAAUGACGGGGUCAAGUUGCAGCCUCAAGAGAUCAGCCCACCUCCCACUGCCAACUUGGAUCGUUCCAACGACAAAGUGUAUGAAAAUGUGACGGGACUGGUUAAAGCUGUGAUCGAGAUGUCGAACAGGAUCCAGCCCGCUGCCCCGGAGGAGUACGUCCCCAUGGUCAAGGAAGUGGGUUUGGCUCUGAGGACUCUGCUGGCCACAGUGGAUGAGACGAUUCCUGUGCUGCCAGCCAGCACACACAGAGAGAUUGAAAUGGCCCAGAAGCUGCUGAAUUCAGAUCUGGCUGAGUUGAUAGCAAAGAUGAAGCUGGCGCAGCAGUAUGUCAUGACAAGUUUACAAAAGGACUACAAGAAACAGAUGCUAAUGGCAGCUCACGCCCUCGCAGUUGACGCCAAGAACCUGCUGGACGUCAUCGACCAAUCACGGCUCAAGAUGAUCAACCAGACCCGCCCACAUUAGUCCGGGAUCUAACCAACUUGGCUGUUUUUGAUGCAGUGAAUCCAAAUGCAGGACAGGGAAAGAGGGCCCGGGAGUAGUUCUCGGGAAUUUAAUAAGAGACUGAGAAGGAUCGGCAGGUCGACAGAGUGAUGAAGGUCUGACGCGGAAAACCGAUGAACAGCAGACAUGACAAACUGAAACAAUCAGCCUCCCCCCCCUCGUUCUCUCUGGAAAAAGUCAUGUUUUGGCCAAUGUUGUGUUGUUUUGUACUUCAGUUGUAUUAUUGCCUUUUUGUAUCCAGAGAAACCCUCUUCUGUCUCAUCACAUAUCCUCAAAAAAAAAAAAGACACUUUUUUUCAGAAUCACUCAUUACUCAUUUAAAUCUUUGAAGAUUCAAAUAAAAUGUCUGGGAAGCUCACUUGAAGGACUGGACAGGUAUUUUUGGUGAAUGGACCCACCAAUCUUUGCCACGAGAACACAUGACUGACACUCCACAAACGUAGGAGGAAGCAACUGGAACUGAAGAGACUGCAUGAGGAGGAUGAUGAAGAUGAUUUCAUAAAGUUCUUUAAAUAUGCUUUUAUAUUAUUAUUAUUAUUAUUAUUAUUGUGGUUGUUGUUGCUAUGUUCAUCCCUGCAGUAUGCCUCUGUUUUCUUAAACUUUGUAUGAACAAAAAUGAUUUACACCACGGUUGCUCAUAAUUUCAUCUCUUUUCUCUUUUUUUCACCCCACUCUAGACUUCUUUAUCUCAGGCAUCAAGAUACAGCAUAAAACUUUGAGUAUUAAAAAAAUGAAACAGCUAUAGGUCUUUUUAAAUAUAAAAACUGCUACAUGCAACUUUUAAAGUUAACUUGCAUAAGUAAAUAUACAAAGAAGCUCUAUUUUUAACACAUUUCUGAGGCAUGAAUUGUUAGUUAAUAAUAAAUAUUGGAGAGGGGAGAACAGGAGGGAGGAGUGGAAGGGACAAAUGGAGGGAGGGUAGUUUUUAAGUUACAGUGGAGGUGCUAAUAAUACUAUAUAGCUGCUCGCCCUGUGCCAAAUGAACAUUUCACUCAAAACAUUGCUUAACUGUGGAAUACAAGAACAAGUUUAGCAACAACUUAACUGUUGUUUCUCUGCUUAUCCUCUAAAAUUUUGAUUGGUUUGUAUAUUAAAGCUCUCUGUACCAUGCCAUCAGUCGGGUUGUUUCCUCUUUGUCAAACUUUCAGGUGAUUAGUAGGAGAAUACAGUCUUUGUUGCACUCUAGUUGUAUCUGUAACGCACCAAGAGUUGUUUUAAAUUAAGGGUGUUGACCUCAUUCGCGAGGGUUUGGUCAUGAUUUUAAAAUAUUAAAUUGUUAUCCUGUUUUCCUCCCCCACCUUUCUACCUCCCUCCACUGCAGUUAUUUAUACCUUUUAAAUCCUUCUCUUCUUCUGGUCUAUCUCUUCUUCCCCUCACCUUUGUCUUCCUCCUUUCCUCCCUCUCAUCCUCUCGCUGUUGCCUCUCCCCUGAGGUGAGCAAUAUUCUCAGGAAGGAGACAGUUGUACAGUUGCUAAACCGAGCAAAUAAAACACUGUUAUUAUUGAAGCA